UGUUAAAAUAAGCUUAGAUUGCAUAACUUGUAAAUGUUUGUUACAUAUACAACCAAUGGUAUAAGACUUCUGGUUUGUUUGCUUUUCUUGUAUAAUCGAUUUACAUCUACUUGCAUCUCCAAAAUACAAAUUGGUUAGCUUAAUGUAACCAGAAAAUAUAUAAGGUGGAAUGCAACAAAAUAAUACGUAUUUUUGAAAAACUAAUAAGAAUGAUCGUCAAUGCAUGUUGGUUGUGAUGAUUCUGAAUCAUCAAAAUCAUUAGCUUUAUAAAUAAUAAUUUAAAAAAUAUAUAUAGAACGUAAAAAAAAGUUAUAAUAAAUAUAUAUGUUCUAAGUUCAUAUAAAAGCCUGCAUUCAUAACUCCAAAGUGUAUGUGGUAUAAAUGAUCAUGUUGGUAUAGAAUAGCACGGACUGGUGAUAAUAAAUAAUUUUGUUUCUAAUUAACCAAUUUUCUGUUAAGAUGAUUAUAAUAACCAUAUCAUAUAAAAUGAAAGGGUGUCUUGUAAAAAGAAGAAAAGUGACUUAUCAUCUAUAACCCUAAGAGAAGAGAACCAAGACCAACCCUCUCUUUUAUAUUCCUUUUUAUUUUUCUUUCUUUUGUCUUAGUUUUCACCCUUUUUAUCAUUUCACCUUAGACUAAUCCAUCAUUUCCCUCUUUCUUCACAAUUUUCUCUGUUUGAUGUAGGUGAAGAUAGAGAUAGCAUCCAUGGACAUGUCUAGGAGAAGCAACAGUUUUGACAAUAAGAAAAUCAGUUGUCAGAGAGGUCACUGGAGACCUAUUGAAGACGACCAUCUCCGGCAACUCGUGGAACAGUAUGGGCCCAAGAACUGGAAUUUCAUUGCUCAACAUCUUUGUGGAAGAUCAGGGAAAAGUUGUAGAUUGAGAUGGUACAAUCAACUUGAUCCAAACAUCACCAAGAAACCUUUCACUGAGGAAGAAGAAGAGAGACUUCUCAAAGCUCAUCGGAUCCAGGGGAACCGUUGGGCCUCUAUAGCAAGGCUAUUUCCAGGGAGGACCGAUAACGCUGUCAAGAACCAUUUUCAUGUCAUCAUGGCUAGACGCAAACGUGAAAGCUUAUCUUCUACGUCUACUUCUACGUUCAACCAAAGUUGGCAUAAUAUAUUGAGCCCUAGUUCUAGUCUUACAAGGCUUAAUAGAUCCUCCCAGUUUGGACUAUGGAGGUAUCAAAAGGAUACAAGUCGUGGUCACUGGCCUUACACUUUCGUUUCAGCACCAAGAGAUGAUCAGUUUGGAUCUUCAUCGAUCUCGAAUGUACGCAAAGAAGUUUAUCCUGAGAGGAGAAAGUUGAAAGAGUUGGUGGAUGAACACAAUAACGCAUUUCACACAGCUACACCAGAUCAAAACAAGAACUCAGUUGAAGAUGGACCCUCCACGGGAGAUGAUGGUGGGGAGAAAAAUGUUACUUUCAUUGAUUUUCUUGGAGUUGGAUUAGUUUCUUAGGUUACACUCUCACAACUCAAUGAUUUUAAAGGGUAUCUAUCAUUAGGGUUAGGUAUCAUUUUCAGCCUUUUGCUUCCUUAAAACCUCAUAUGGAUCUUCUAUCAAUUACAACUCUCAUUUUCCGUCCA